CAGACUGUAGGCGGCUGCAGACAGAGAGAAGCAGAUUUGCCCUCUACUGUACCACCAGCUUCCUGUCUUAGUAACAUAUAAGCCCUGCAAUUUUAAACAGUUAAUAUAUAUCAAAUCUGCUGUAAUAAUGGCCGGUACCUUAGCAAGAAAAGCUGUGGACCAUCUCCGCAGUAAAGAGUUCAGAGAUUAUCUCAUGAGGUAACAUUUUUGGGGUCCAGUAGCAAACUGGGGGCUGCCCAUUGCUGCUAUCAGUGACAUGAAGAAAAGUCCUGAUAUUAUCAGUGGACGAAUGACCUUUGCUCUCACCUGCUACUCGCUGCUGUUCAUGAGAUUUGCCUACAAGGUACAGCCAAGGAACUGGCUUCUCUUUGCCUGUCAUUUCACCAAUGAGGGGGCACAGCUAGUUCAGGGAGGACGACUCAUUAAGUACAACUUGGAGAAGAAAGUGGCUAAAUGAUGAGCAUCCAUAAAGCGUCAACAUUUCUUUGAUCGAUACACACGGUUGAGAUUCCUGCUAUUUGUAGAACAGACAGUGUGUGUUUUCUUUAGGUCCGAUUACUAAUUCAAACACAACCAACCUUCUACACUGAAUGAAUAAUGUUGUAACAUUUAUACUGUACAGCUGUUCUGAAUACAUUGAAAUAAACUAAACAGUAUGUCAAAUGAGUCACAGAUUUUGGAGGACUGAUAAACAAAGUUUUCCAUUUUUUAAUGGUACAUCAGUAUAGUAAUUUAGACAUGGUUAAGGAGGGGUUCGAAAAAUAACCUCAGAUUAUGUGAAUAAAAAAAAGUUUUUAAAACUGA